CCCUCCACCACCACCACCUCCACCUCCCUCUCCCUCCUUUAACAAGAGGGGCUGAGAAUUAAAGCAUCAACUAUCUCCGUCUCCACAUUUUUUCUCAUUAUUUUCGGGGUUUCAUUUAUUUUUUGGUCGAAUGGCUCCUAGGAUUGGGCUGCUGCUGCUGCUUCUCCUCCUCCUGGCUUCGGCCAUGGUGGAGUCCGCAGCAGCGUUGUUCAGUGAGGCCAACUGGGGCCUCACACAUUUUGCAGGUGCCGAUCUUGGUGGCAGGCGGGCAUGCAAUGGGCUUGUUGGGGACUGCAUUGACCCAUAUGCAGAGACGAUGAUGGACAGUGAGGUGAGCCGACGAACGCUGGCUCAGGGAGGGAAGUUCAUCAGCUAUGGUGCGCUCAAGAAGAACAAUGUGCCCUGCAACCGCCGUGGCAGAUCCUACUACAACUGCAGGAAGGGAGGAAGGGCUAACCCUUACCAGCGUGGCUGCAGCACCAUCACACAUUGUGCUAGAUACACCAACUGAUAAGGGAAAAAAAACUCACGAAAGAGAGACAGAUUCAGGGUUAAUUCAAAGCAUAAUGCUACUUAGCUAACAAUAAAAGACGGUAAAUGUUAUCGUUCGUUUGUUUUGGUCAUUCAUGUUGUAAAUUAGUGUAUUUUUUUGCUGAUCUCCUCUUCAAUCUUCAUUUCUCAAGGUGUUUAGUUCUGUGUUUUGAAUGCAGUAUUGUCAUACGGU